AGCCAAUCCAAAAACCAACAAUCACAAAAAGUUCUCUCAGAUUCACCACCAAAAGGCCAACAAACAAAGAUGAAGUUCUCAACUUACUUGUCCUAUUUCGUCCCCCUUCUUGUCGCCAAGAUUGUCUCUGGGACCACCUUUGCUUCAGCUCUGACAAUGACACAGAUUCGUGGCGGCGCCCAAACUACCACGAGAGGAGUGCCACCUAUGGGAUUUGGAAGAAGGGCCAUCAGCACACAACACCGAGCCGCGUUCAUCCCCAUCGCUGACGGGGAACCAAUUCCUGCGGCUCCUGAUGCCCCCGAACAGCAGAAGAAACGUUGGUGGGGCAAGGUCCGAGACUCAAUGACAGUACGAGAUGGCAGUGGUCUCACUCUCAAGGAAAAGAUGGCCAAACAGGGAUUCGCGGCCCUUGUCAAUAUGAUUUUCGUGAAUAACUUGACCAGCAUUUCGUUCUUGUCGUUUGCCUGGUACGGGUUCUCGGUGCAAACCGGACUCAGUCCGUUGUGCCCGGGGCAAUGGAAACCCUUCUUGGCUGUCUUUUCCGGUUUCAUGGCCAUGGAUGUCAUGCUAAAGCCGGUCAAGAUCGCUACGGCAAUUGCGGCCGUCCCCUUGGCAGACCGGGCCAUUGGCUGGUUGAAGCGCAAGUGCGGAGGCUCCAAGAGUCUCACCAUGGGACUCGUCCUGGCCUGGAUCACCGUGUCGGCUUUUGGAAUGCUGGGUGGAGGGGUUACCUUGGCUAGCACUCUUUCGGGCGUACCAAUCUUUGCACCCUAAGUCGCCUCGACUGGACUCGACUCGGGCAGCCCGCGAACAGCAGCAGCAGCGGCGGCCAGAUACGGUUAUGCUCGGGAACAAAAAGUUGUACUAGUAGAUUAUUUGAAUGCAUAGAUAAAGUCAAAGUAACAAAAGGACGAAAGAC